AUGGCUGACGAUGGACUGAUGCUCAAUUUUGAGCUGCCAACUGACGCUUUCACAUUGCCGAAGACGAAAUUGAAAGGUGGAAGUUGGAAGGACCGACUGACGGCUCGAAAAUCGCACGAAUAUGGCCGAAAGAAGGCCCAGGAACGAGCAUCGGCUGGCGACGCCAACUCCACGGCAUCCGACCGACGAAGCAAGCCGCCAGAAAAUGCGUCGUCUCAAAUCGAAGGUCGGCCUGCGAAACGAGCGAGGAUCGGGCACGAUGUGCUUCCCAAGUCCACCAAUGGCGAAGUAAUCUCUUCGCUCUUUUCCUUCAACAAGUCCUCUUCUGCACCCAAACCAGUCGAGACGGUGGACGACACGCCUAUAGAACCUACAAACGCGCCCCUCAAGAAUGACGAGACUGCAAAAUUCACAUCUCUGGGUCUAUCGGAGUCCUUGGCCAACCAUUUAUUGAGGAAGCUCGAAAUCAAGGCACCUACCGCAAUCCAACGGAAGGCAGUCAAACAGCUUUGCGAAAACGACACAGACGCCUUUUUACAAGCCCAGACUGGUUCCGGAAAGACACUCGCGUAUCUGCUACCAAUCGUCGAGCGUAUUUCUACCAUCUCGAAGAAAAUGAAGGCUUCUGGCCAAGACUUCAGCCGCGAAUCGGGACUGUUCGCGAUUAUCUUGGCGCCUACACGAGAACUGAGUAAACAAAUCGCUUCCGUGCUAGAAGGGCUUUUGUCAUGUUAUCACUGGAUAGUGGCAGGCACAGUUAUCGGUGGCGAAAAGAAGAAGUCCGAGAAAGCGAGGCUUCGCAAGGGGCUGAACAUUCUUGUAGCAACGCCAGGACGAAUGGUCGAUCAUCUGGAACACACUGAGACGCUAGAUCUGAGCAGCGUACGAUGGCUGGUACUCGACGAAGGAGACCGACUCAUGGAAUUAGGGUUUGAGCAGGACAUCCAAAAGAUCAUCAGUGUGCUCAAUCUUCGUUCUCGGAAACGAGUUGAGUCGCCGCUUCCAGGGCUCCCAGAUCGAAGAACCACGGUGCUGUGUUCGGCUACCAUCAAGGCGAGUAUAGAUCAGUUGCGCAGCAUAUCACUCAAAGAUCCAGUCACUCUUGCAGUGGAUGCAAAUGAUACAGAAGAGCAUGGUGAGGCUAGCGAACCGGAAGCGAGUACCUUCUCAGCGCCCGCGCAACUCAAGCAAGGCUAUGUGAUCGUGCCUCCAAAACAGCGGCUCGUCACGCUUGUGGCAGUGCUGAAGCAGACGUUUAAGCGGAAAGGGAGCGUGAUGAAAUGCAUCGUCUUCAUGAGCUGUGCGGAUAGUGUCGAUUUCCAUUUCGAGCUUCUGACUCAAGGCGAUGGCAAUGCUGCUGCUCAGGAGGAAUCACCACCAUCGAAACGACCUCAUAAGCCGUUGAAGCAGCAUCUUCCAGCCGACACUUUUGAGAACGGAGCUGACUUUACUUCCAGGCACGGGUCUUUGCAACAAGCCACCCGCACAGGCACUCUCAAAGCUUUCUCGGCCUCCACCGAGCCUGCUGUCCUCAUAUGCACAGACGUAGCAGCUCGUGGUCUCGACCUCCCAAACAUCGACCUAGUAAUCGAAUACGACCCCCCAUUCAGCAAAGACGACCAUCUGCACCGUAUCGGCCGUACAGCGCGAGCCGGAAAAGACGGUCGAGCGAUGAUAUUCCUCCAACCGGGCCGCGAAGAAGGCUACAUCACCAUCCUCAAAGAAAGCAAACCCCGCAACCUCACCCGCCACGAAUCCUCCGAACUCAUGAAAAAAGGUUUCACUCCAACUACCGGCGUGGUCGGACCCAACGACUGGGAACAAAAAGCCACAGACUUCCAAAUCGAAAUCGAACGCUGGGCGUUAGAAAACCCGAAACAUCUCGAACAAGCUCGUCGCGCCUAUCAAUCACAUGUUCGAGCUUAUGCCACGCACGUCUCAGCCGAACGACACAUUUUCAACAUGCAGGAACUGCAUCUGGGACAUCUUGCCAAGGCGUUCGCGUUGAGGGAUAAGCCGGGCAGUAUUCGUGUGCCAGGCUCACGGCCUGGAGUUGGAGCGGCGAAGAAGGCGAAGAGUGAGGCGAAUCAGAAUAAGAGGAAGGUGGUGCGAGAUGAUGAUGUUGAUGUUGCUAAAGUAGAUGCGCAGGAAGCCAAGAGGAAAAUGCAGGCUAUGAGUAGGAAAAUGGGUGGUGGGGUCAGUGAAUUCAAUUUAGGUUGA